AUGGCCUCCCAGCUAGGCGUUCAGCCAUCUCUCGACACGGUGCGCGAGGUUUUGGCUGCGGCAGUCAAUUCGCCGAACCCGCCCAAUCUCGUCCCCGUCUUCUCCUCUAUAUCCGCCGAGUUCCUGACGCCGUCGAGCAUAUACCUCAAGGUUUCCGCGAAGUCCGAGUCGAAGCUCUCCUUCCUGUUUGAGAGCGCUGCGACCACAGAGACAAUCGGGCGAUACAGCUUUGUCGGCGCAGACCCUCGCAAAGUCAUCAAGACCGGGCCCGGCCAUGGCGAAGAGGCCGACCCGCUCCCCAGCCUGGAGAAGGAGCUUGCAAAGAGCAGAGUUGCGACCGUGCCCUCCAUACAGCUUCCUCCCAUGACCGGUGGCGCUGUUGGCUACGUUGGAUAUGACUGCGUCAAGUACUUCGAGCCCAAGACACGGCGAGACGACGUGAAGGAUAUCCUGGGUGUGCCGGAGAGCUUGUUCAUGCUGUAUGACACGAUCGUGGCCCUUGACCACUUUGCACAGGUUGUAAAGGUCAUCACGUACGUCAAAGUCCCGGACAGCCUCGACAACUUGGAACAGGCAUACGACGAGGCCAGGGCUACACUCAAGAAGUACGUGACAAUUCUCAAGGACAAGGAGGUGCCCAUGCCCGAGCAGGGACCGAUCAAGCUUGGAAACGAGUACACGUCCAACAUCGGCCAGGCAGGCUACGAGGGCCACGUCAAGGAGCUCAAGAAGCACAUCGCCGUUGGCGACAUCAUUCAGGCUGUCCCUUCCCAGCGCUUCGCACGGCCUACCUCGCUGCACCCCUUCAAUGUCUACAGGAACCUGCGAAACGUCAAUCCCUCGCCGUAUCUUUUCUUCGUCGACUGCGAGGAUUUCCAGAUUGUGGGUGCCAGCCCCGAGUUGCUGGUCAAGGAGGAGCAGGGCAGGAUCAUCACACAUCCCAUUGCCGGGACCGUCAAGAGGGGCAAAACCCUGCAGGAAGAUGCAGCCCUGGCCAAGGAGCUUUCCAAUUCACUGAAGGACCGGGCCGAGCACGUGAUGCUGGUGGACCUUGCGCGAAAUGACGUAAAUCGUGUCUGUGACCCACUCUCCACUCGCGUGGAUAAGCUGAUGGUUGUGCAAAAGUUUUCGCAUGUCCAGCAUCUGGUCUCUGAGGUGUCGGGCGUGCUGCGACCUGGCAAGACACGAUUCGAUGCCUUCCGCUCCAUCUUCCCUGCAGGUACCGUGAGCGGCGCGCCCAAGGUGCGGGCGAUGGAAUUGAUUGCUGAGCUGGAGAAAGAGAAGCGCGGUGUAUAUGCUGGCGCUGUGGGGUACUUCGGCUACGGCAGCGUCGAUGGUGAUAAGCAGAUCGAGGGUGCUAUGGACACGUGCAUCGCGCUACGGACCAUGCUUGUCAAAGAUGGAAUCGCGUAUCUCCAAGCAGGGGGUGGAAUUGUGUUCGACUCAGAUCCAUACGAUGAGUGGAUGGAGACGAUCAAUAAACUAGGUGCGAACACCCACUGCAUCACUUCAGCCGAGGAGAAGCAUCUGGCCGAGCAGACGGAGGAUGAGGUCGACACAAGCCAAUCGCAGCCGUUGGAGGGCGAUGCAAAGCCACGCAUCAGUGUGGCUGCGUAGAUGGUAAGCAGCGACUGCGCCACGCGAGGCUGGCGAUGUGCAGCAGUGAUUGGUAAAGUCAGCUCGGCUGGCACGAGAUCAGGGUCUGGGCCACGAUCAAAAGCCAUCACAAUCUGGGUUUUGUUAAACGAGAUGACCACCAAAGCCUCGCUGGCCACGGCAGGUCGAGAAGCUGUACGGACGUCACGUCGAUAGGCGGUCCUUCGACGAAACAAGGUUCGCUGGUAAUUUCACAAUUUAUCCUGCCGCCGCGCUCAGUCGAAGGCAAAUUGUGCAACGGCAC